AUGCUCGAUCAAAGGCCCCUCGGCCUCUUCUGUGACCGUCUCUGCAUAUGGUCUAUUUCCCAUUUCUGCAGUGCCUCAUCCUCCUGCUGUGCCGUGAGCCGUGAGGGUCUCCGGAGUUGGCCCCCGCAGUCCGCCCUGGCCGCCGGCCCACCCCCGGUCUCUUCGAUUUCGUUGCUCUCAACAGCGUGGGGAGCACAGUUGGGUAGUCAACCUGUACUCCGUACUCGUAUUGAUAUCCUACUGACGCAGCUUGUGACCUGUGGACUGGGGUUCGGUCGUUUCCGACACCGAGCCAGUCCCGAAGCUUGUGUACCUCCCAGGCAAGGGCAAGACACUAGGCUCUCAGCCCGUACAAAGCAGCGUAGCAUUGCCAUGGAUAUGAUUGGUUUCAUCAGCCUUACCACUGAGGAAAGGGAACUGCAUCGACAAUUGUCGCCUCUUCCCAUCCUCUAUUCUCACUGCUCAGCGUGUGCAGUUGGCAUGGGCCAUACCCAACUUCUUCCAGCCACCAGCGAUCAACGCACGUGUGCUCCCAAGAGCAAGUCGGGGCAGGACCGACAACACAUGGACUUUGCACUGUUGCUCCGGCAAAAACCUGCCGUAGGAAAACAGCGCAAAUUGACAAUGCGCCGGCCGCACUCCCCCGCGUUUACUGCUUCACGCUUCUCCGAACCCGCCUUCUCAUCUAGACAAGUGACUCUGGCCUGUUGCCAACUUGCCAAGGGGGGAACGGCCCAUCACCACUUGGCAACGACAGGGGAUUAA